UUGGCAUUUGGCAUGUAUAUUAAACCCUGGAAAUGCCCCCGAUAGGAAAUCUAGGGUUUGCGGCUCGUUGCAGAGGAAGCUGAGUUAGAGGGACUGCUCAACCUUCAUCGCCGUCAACAUGGGUCGUAUGCACAGUCGCGGUAAGGGUAUUUCUGCUUCGGCUCUGCCUUACAAGAGGACUCCCCCAAGCUGGCUCAAGAUCUCUGCUCAGGAUGUUGAGGAUAACAUUUGCAAAUUUGCGAAGAAGGGGCUUACUCCUUCUCAGAUUGGUGUCAUUCUUCGUGAUUCUCAUGGUAUUGCUCAGGUGAGGAGUGUCACUGGAAACAAGAUUUUGCGCAUCCUUAAGGCUCAUGGUCUUGCCCCUGAAAUUCCUGAGGAUUUGUAUCAUCUCAUCAAGAAGGCUGUUGCAAUUAGGAAGCAUUUGGAGAGGAACAGAAAAGAUAAGGAUUCCAAGUUCAGGUUGAUCCUUGUAGAGAGCCGGAUUCACAGGCUUGCUCGAUACUACAAGAAAACGAAGAAGCUACCUCCUGUUUGGAAAUACGAGUCAACCACUGCUAGCACACUUGUGGCCUAGGCUAGGAGUACUUUGUGCAGCAAAGUUUUGGGAUAUCCAGAGUAGAUGUUGUACUCUUUUGAGAUCUUAUCAUGGUUGAUAAGUUUUAGAAUAUUUUAUUAUGUUAAUUUGAGAGUGGAGCCAAGUACUUAUUUGUCAACUAAAUGUUUUGCCUUGUUUUGAUAUUUUCUGUAUUUUCUUUAACUUUGCUCUAUAAGGUUUGCAAUUAGUUUUCAUUUGA